AUGGCUCCGGCAAACCCCCGUAAGGAUGCCAACACAUGGCCAAGUAUGCCCUCAACUUUCUGGGCAGUCAUCAUUCUGGCUAGCUUCCUCCUCGCAUACUGCAGUCAGCUCGCUGCAGGUACUUGUGAGAUAGUUACACUGGACAAAGAUAGCAGUCAACCGCGAAGGACUAUAGCCAGACAAACUGCAAGAUGUGCGUGUAAAAAGGGACAGAUUGCUGGCACAACGAGAGCAAAGCCAGCCUGUGUGGAUGCACGAAUUGUAAAGACUAGACAAUGGUGUGAAAUGCUUCCGUGUUUGGAAGGAGAAGGUUGCAAUUUGUUAAUGAAUAAAUCAGGCUGGACCUGCACACAGCCAGGUGGGCGAAUAAAGACAACUACGGUCUCCUGACAAAUGCAUCAACAAAGAAUCCUUGCAGGAGCAGCUUAGAACUCUGUGUGAGCUACUUAUAUGAAUCAAAUUCUACUGCUGCGGACUACCAUCUGUUGUAUGUUAUUUCCUCAACUCUUUCUUUCUCUACACUGGUGAAAACAACAUAUUCUCACCUAACUCUUGAGCUAAAGUUUCACUUAUUCUGUUAUUAGGACAACUGGGGCAGUAAAUGUAGAAUACUGAGCUAUGCUUGGACAGAAGCAAUAUUGACAAUGUUUGACCCUUCUCGUCACUACUUUUCAACUAAUGUUGGAUUGCUGUUAUCCAGUUGAUGUUUCCGCUCAGAAAGCCUGUUACAGAAGACUGAAUUGAUUUUAUCAGCCCCUAACAGGCAGUGAAUCUUUGCCUCAGGUGGGACACUAAAGAGUUACCGAAGGCUCCAUAGUAAAGACACUGUGCUAUUAUUUGUGUAACUCUCUCUGACAUCUAUACAUCUAUUUCCUCAUCUUUACCUGUUCGCAAAACAAUAGACCAAAGAACAAAAGGAGAACGUUAAAAUGGACACUAUUUCAUUGUGAAUGAGCUUUACUGAUUUCAAUUGUAAUGGGCUCCUGAAGGAUUUGAUUUCAGCUUUUCAUAGUGCUGAAAUAAAUCAUUACUGGCUCAGGUAGAGUCUUUGUUGAAAAAAAUAGAGGGACUCCUGAUUUUGGGAAAGCUGAUCUGAUGUAAGAUGUCUAAAGGUUCUAUUGGAGCAUGGAAACAGAAUAAUAGUCUAUGUCCCGUCACAAAAGAGACACAUAUGAACACUCACGCUGGGAGGACAUCUUAGUCUCCUGUUUAGUUUGGCUGACUUCUUUCUCAUUCUUAAGUCACAUUGUAUUUCAACCAGAAAAAAAAAGAACUAAAUGUGAAACAUUUGCAGCUCGUGUUUCCUUUCCCAGCAUAAAAGUAGCUACGGUCAAACAGCAUUCGCAAUGAGCAUGUCUGGCUACCUGCAGCCUGUGUCACAAUUCAAUCAACCAUCUACCAACACACACACACACACACACAUCAAAUUAGCUGAGAAAGUAACAUUUGUUGAAAACAGGAUCAUUAAAUGUAUUUUGAGAAACCUAAAGUUAUAUAUUUAACAGUUUUUAUAUGUUGUAUCUUUGUAGAAAAUCUUAUUUAACAAAUAAUGUGGUCAUACUAUGCCAGCCACGAAAGUGGUCAAGAGUUGUGUUUUAACUUCUGGUAUCUGUCAAAGAGAUGAUUGGUGUAUGUUUCUUUCCUUGGAGCAUUCUGGAUCUGAAAACUGGCCACAAAGAACUCUGUAGAAAAAAAAUGCUGUUUAUACAUCAAUCCAUUCAACCAUUGCACUGUAGGAAGACAGUUUAUUUCUUUUAUGUAAUGGUAUAAUAGAGUGGAAAACAUUUUAAA